AUGGUGAAUCCAGGCCUAGAUCUCAAGCGCAGGGCACCUGCUUCCAUCUUCCUCUUCGCUCUCACGCUGUCCGCGUUGCUCCUCGGAGGUGAAGGGAAGCUCAGUCUCACAGACAAGGAUAUUAUCGGCGCCGAGAAUAAGUUCCGAAUUUUCAUGGAAACUUACGAGAAGAGUUACUCCAGCAGAGAGGAGUACCUCCACCGCCUCAGGAUUUUCGCCGACAAUUUGAUCAGAGCGGCGGAGCACCAGGCCCUAGACCCGACAGCGGUUCACGGCGUCACGCCCUUCUCUGAUCUGUCGCCAGAGGAGUUCGAGCAGCUUUAUACCGGUCUCAAAAGCGGAUCUGGGAUCAAUGGGAUCACCGAUGGCCAAACCCGCGGUGAAGCACCGCCCUUGGAUGUUGAAGAUCUUCCGGAGAGCUUUGACUGGAGAGAAAAAGGGGCUGUUACUGAAGUUAAGAUGCAGGGUGCAUGUGGAUCAUGCUGGGCUUUCAGCACAACAGGAGCUUUAGAAGGAGCCAAUUUUAUUGCAACCGGGAAGCUUCUGAGUCUGAGUGAACAGCAGCUUGUAGACUGUGACAACAAGUGUGACAUAAGAGACAAGACAGAGUGCGACCAAGGGUGCAGAGGAGGUCUGAUGACAAAUGCGUAUAGCUACUUGAUGGAGGCAGGUGGGUUGGAAGAAGAGAGUUCUUAUCCCUACACUGGAAGACAAGGCCAAUGCAAGUUCGAUCCACACAAAGUAGCCGUCAGAGUCUCCAACUUCACCAACAUCCCCAUGGACGAGUCCCAAAUCGCCGCUUACUUAGUCCAUCACGGCCCUCUUUCCAUGGGAAUAAAUUCAGUGUUCAUGCAAACAUACAUAGGGGGAGUGUCGUGCCCUCUUAUAUGCAGCAGGAGAAGGUUGAACCACGGGGUGUUGCUGGUUGGGUAUGGAGCCAAAGGGUUCUCUAUUCUGAGACUGAAGAACAAGCCGUAUUGGAUCAUCAAGAAUUCAUGGGGCAAAAAAUGGGGCGAGCACGGUUAUUACCGGCUGUGCCGCGGCCACGCCAUGUGCGGCGUCAACACCAUGGUCUCCGCCGCAAUGGUCCCUCAUAUCCACCCUACUCAAUCUCAUUCUUCCUAUUAGCUUGAACGCAGGUCUUAGUUUAUAGUCAGGUUUUUUAGGCAUGUACGU